AUGACAAUUCCGCCAAGUACUCCGAAGCCAACUCAAACAAAUAAAACAACAAAUAAGCCAAGCACCCAAAAGCCGACAACGUUUAAGCCAACUCCAAGUAAAACAACAAAAACGCCAAGCACCCAAAAGCCUUCAACGAAACAGCCAACUGAUUCAAGUUCUACAACAAUAAAGUCAAGUACUCCAAAGUUAACCACCUUGAAGCCGACUCAAAGAAGUACUCAAAAGCCAACAACGCUGAAGCCAAGUGAGCCAAGUAAAACAACAAAAAAGCCAAGCACCCAAAAGCCUUCAACGAAACAGCCAACUGAUUCAAGUUCUACAACAAUAAAGUUAAGUACUCCAAAGUUAACCACCUUGAAGACGACUCAAAGAAGUACUCAAAAGCCAACAACGCUGAAGCCAAGUGAGCCAAGUAAAACAACAAAAACGCCUAGCACCCAAAAGCCUUCAACGAAACAGCCAACUGAUUCAAGUUCUACAACAAUUAAGUCAAGUACUCCGAAGUCAACCACACUGAAGACGACCCAAAGAAGUUCUCAAAAGCCAUCAACGCUGAAGCCAAGUCAGCCAAGUAAAACAACAAAAACGCCAAGCACCCAAAGGCCUUCAACGAAGCAGCCAACUGAUUCAAGUUCUACAACAAUUAAGUCAACUACAAUUACAACAAAUAAACCAAGUUCUCAAAAGCCAACAACGCUGAAGCCAAGUGAGCCAAGUAAAACAACAAAAAAGCCAAGCACCCAAAAGCCUUCAACGAAACAGCCAACUGAUUCAAGCUCUACAACAAUUGAGUCAAGUACUCCGAACUCAACUAAGUUACAGCCAACUCAAACAACAAUUAUUCUAAGCACCCAAAAAUCGACUACAAUUAAGCCAACUGUAGCAAGCACUACCUCAAUUAAGCCAAGUACUCAAAAGGCGACAACGCUGAGCCCAACUGAAGCAAGUACAAUGACAAUUCAGCCAAGUACUCCGAAGCCAACUCAAACAAAUAAAACAACAAGUAAGCCAAGCACCCAAAAAACAACAAAUAAGCCAAGCACCCAAAAGCCGACAACGUUCAAACCAACUGUAGCUACAAUUACAACAAAUAAACCAAGUUCUCAAAAGCCAACAACGCUGAAGCCAAGUGAGCCAAGUAAAACAACAAAAAAGCCAAGCACCCAAAAGCCUUCAACGAAACAGCCAACUGAUUCAAGCUCUACAACAGUUGAGUCAAGUACUGUGAAGUCAACCACACUGAAGCCGACUCAAAGAAGUUCUCAAAAGCCAACAACGCUGAAGCCAAGUGAGCCAAGUAAAACAACGAAAACGAAAAGCACCCAAAAGCCUUCAACGAAACAGCCAACUGAUUCAAGCUCUACAACAAUAAAGUCAAGUACUCCAAAGUUAACCACCUUGAAGACGACCCAAAGAAGUUCUCAAAAGCCAACAACGCUGAAGCCAAGUCAGCCAAGUAAAACAACAAAAACGCCAAGCACCCAAAAGCCUUCAACGAAACAGCCAACUGAUUCAAGUUCUACUACAAUAAAGUCAAGUACUCCAAAGUUAACCACCUUGAAGACGACCCAAAGAAGUUCUCAAAAGCCAACAACGCUGAAGCCAAGUCAGCCAAGUAAAACAACAAAAACGCCAAGCACCCAAAAGCCUUCAACGAAACAGCCAACUGAUUCAAGUUCUACUACAAUAAAGUCAAGUACUCCAAAGUUAACCACACUGAAGCCGACUCAAAGAAGUUCUCAAAAGCCAACAACGCUGAAGCCAAGUGAGCCAAGUAAAACAACAAAAACGCCAAGCACCCAAAAGCCUUCAACGAAACAGCCAACUGAAUCAAGCUCUACAACAAUAAACACUCAAAAAUCGACUACAAUUAAGCCAACUUCAGCAAGCACUACCUCAAUUAAGCCAAGUACUCAAAAGGCGACAACGCUGAGCCCAACUGAAGCAAGUACAAUGACAAUUCAGCCAAGUACUCCGAAGCCAACUCAAACAAAUAGAACAACAAAUAAGCCAAGCACCCAAAAGCCGACAACGUUCAAACCAACUGUAGCUACAAUUACAACAAAUAAACCAAGUUCUCAAAAGCCAACAACGUUGAAGCCAACUACAAUUACAUCAAAUAAACCAAGUUCUCAAAAGCCAACAACGCUGAAGCCAAGUGAGCCAAGUAAAACAACAAAAACGCCUAGCACCCAAACGCCUUCAACGAAACAGCCAACUGAUUCAAGUUCUACAACAAUUAAGUCAAGUACUCCGAAGUCAACCACCUUGAAGACGACCCAAAGAAGUUCUCAAAAGCCAACAACGCUGAAAACAACAACUACAAUUACAACAAAUAAACCAAGUUCUCAAAAGCCAACAACGCUGAAGCCAAGUGAGCCAAGUAAAACAACAAAAACGCCAAGCACCCAAAAGCCUUCAACGAAACAGCCAACUGAUUCAAGUUCUACAACAAUUAAGUCAAGUACUCCGAACUCAACUAAGUUGCAGCCAACUCAAACUACAAUCAUUCUAAGCACCCAAAAAUCGACUACAAUUAAGCCAACUGUAGCAAGCACUACCUCAAUUAAGCCAAGUACUCAAAAGGCGACAACGCUGAGCCCAACUGAAGCAAGUACAAUGACAAUUCAGCCAAGUACUCCGAAGCCAACUCAAACAAAUAGAACAACAAAUAAGCCAAGCACCCAAAAGCCGGCAACGUUAAAACCAACUGUAGCUACAAUUACAACAAAUAAACCAAGUUCUCAAAAGCCAACAACGCUGAAGCCAAGUGAGCCAAGUAAAACAACAAAAAAGCCAAGCACCCAAAAGCCUUCAACGAAACAGCCAACUGAUUCAAGUUCUACUACAAUAAAGUCAAGUACUCCAAAGUUAACCACCUUGAAGACGACCCAAAGAAGUUCUCAAAAGCCAACAACGCUGAAAACAACAAGUAAAACAACAAUAACGCCAAGCACCCAAAAGCCUUCAACGAAACAGCCAACUGAUUCAAGAUCUACAACAAUUAACCCAACUGAAGCAAGUACAAUGACAAUUCAGCCAAGUACUCCGAAGCCAACUCAAACAAAUAGAACAACAAAUAAGCCAAGCACCCAAAAGCCGACAACGUUCAAACCAACUGUAGCUACAAUUACAACAAAUAAACCAAGUUCUCAAAAGCCAACAACGCUGAAGCCAAGUGAGCCAAGUAAAACAACAAAAAAGCCAAGCACCCAAAAGCCUUCAACGAAACAGCCAACUGAUUCAAGCUCUACAACAGUUGAGUCAAGUACUGUGAAGUCAACCACACUGAAGACGACCCAAAGAAGUUCUCAAAAGCCAACAACGCUGAAGCCAAGUCAGCCAAGUAAAACAACAAAAACGCCAAGCACCCAAAAGCCUUCAACGAAACAGCCAACUGAUACAAGUUCUACUACAAUAAAGUCAAGUACUCCAAAGUUAACCACACUGAAGCCGACUCAAAGAAGUUCUCAAAAGCCAACAACGCUGAAGCCAACAAGCACUACCUCAAUUAAGCCAAGUACUCAAAAGGCGACAACUCUGAGCCCAACUGAAGCAAGUACAAUGACAAUUCAGCCAAGUACUCCGAAGCCAACUCAAACAAAUAGAACAACAAAUAAGCCAAGCACCCAAAAGCCGACAACGUUCAAACCAACUGUAGCUACAAUUACAACAAAUAAACCAAGUUCUCAAAAGCCAACAACGCUGAAGCCAACUACAAUUACAACAAAUAAACCAAGUUCUCAAAAGCCAACAACGCUGAAGCCAAGUGAGCCAAGUAAAACAACAAAAAAGCCAAGCACCCAAAAGCCUUCAACGAAACAGCCAACUGAUUCAAGUUCUACUACAAUAAAGUCAAGUACUCCAAAGUUAACCACCUUGAAGACGACCCAAAGAAGUUCUCAAAAGCCAACAACGCUGAAAACAACAACAAGCACUACCUCAAUUAAGCCAAGUACUCAAAAGGCGACAACGCUGAGCCCAACUGAAGCAAGUACAAUGACAAUUCAGCCAAGUACUCCGAAGCAUACUCAAACAAAUAGAACAACAAAUAAGCCAAGCACCCAAAAGCCGACAACGUUCAAACCAACUGUAGCUACAAUUACAACAAAUAAACCAAGUUCUCAAAAGCCAACAACGCUGAAGCCAAGUGAGCCAAGUAAAACAACAAAAAAGCCAAGCACCCAAAAGCCUUCAACGAAACAGCCAACUGAUUCAAGCUCUACAACAGUUGAGUCAAGUACUGUGAAGUCAACCACACUGAAGACGACCCAAAGAAGUUCUCAAAAGCCAACAACGCUGAAGCCAAGUCAGCCAAGUAAAACAACAAAAACGCCAAGCACCCAAAAGCCUUCAACGAAACAGCCAACUGAUUCAAGUUCUACUACAAUAAAGUCAAGUACUCCAAAGUUAACCACACUGAAGCCGACUCAAAGAAGUUCUCAAAAGCCAACAACGCUGAAGCCAACAAGCACUACCUCAAUUAAGCCAAGUACUCAAAAGGCGACAACUCUGAGCCCAACUGAAGCAAGUACAAUGACAAUUCAGCCAAGUACUCCGAAGCCAACUCAAACAAAUAGAACAACAAAUAAGCCAAGCACCCAAAAGCCGACAACGUUCAAACCAACUGUAGCUACAAUUACAACAAAUAAGCCAAGUUCUCAAAAGCCAACAACGCUGAAGCCAAGUGAGCCAAGUAAAACAGCAAAAACGCCAAGCACCCAAAAGCCUUCAACGAAACAGCCAACUGAUUCAAGUUCUACAACAAUUAAGUCAAGUACUCCGAAGUUAACCACCUUGAAGCCGACUCAAAGAAGUACUCAAAAGCCAACAACGCUGAAGCCAAGUGAGCCAAGUAAAACAACAAAAAAGCCAAGCACCCAAAAGCCUUCAACGAAACAGCCAACUGAUUCAAGUUCUACUACAAUAAAGUCAAGUACUCCAAAGUCAACCACCUUGAAGACGACCCAAAGAAGUUCUCAAAAGCCAACAACGCUGAAGCCAAGUCAACCAAUCAAGUACUCCGAACUCAACUAA